GAACGUGCUUGCGGCCUGCAGGCCGUCAGGUGUCUCGCCGAUUUGUGCUCGAUGUUCAACCCGAGUGGCGCAAACUUGCAGGGUGCCAAAGCUGCCGCGAGCCACUGGGCGUUGGCGAGUUACGGCGACAUCGUGGCGAAGUGCGCCGACGGUGUCGCGGAAACGCAGCUCCAGGACGUCGUCAGCCGCGGCGUCGCCGUUUCCUUCGACGCCGAAGCGCCGGCGGCCGCCCCGCAGACCGACCCCCCCGACAUGUUGGGCCGUGGGCCCUUCGAAGAGAACAUCCUGCGCAACUUCGACUGGCGGGGCCCCGCGGAUGUCGGGCAG